CGUUAAAAAUCACUUCAAUCUUUCUUACUGAAUUAUGUUACAUACUUAAAGCUAUUAACACGUAUCGUGCGAACGCACUCAUGGAGGUUGCUCCACUUUUCAAGCCCUUCAGGGCUUUAGGGUAUAUCACAGACAACGUUCCCUUUGCCGUCAAUAGGCGCGGAAAAGAAACAUAUGUUACUGUCAGCGUGGGCAAAGCAUGGCAGGUUUAUAACACCACGAAGCUUACGCUGUCACUCGUGGGACCUCAGCUCCCGGGGGACAUCAGGGCUCUGGCAUGCAAGAACGACCUUACUUUCGCUGCCAUCGGCGGCGACAUAGUCGAGUGCAAGCGCGUGCACAGGUCUGGAGUUUACCGUGGCGGCCAUUCGGGUCCUGUACGACAGCUGCUCGUACUUGGGGACUUGCUGCUGAGCCUGGGCUCGGAGGCGCAGGGGGGCGGGCGGCUGGUGGUGUGGCAGAUCGGAAAAUACGACGAACCAAAGCGUGUGUUGGAGCUGGGCUCUGGCUUCUCCCCCAGCUGCAUGUGCCACCCGGACACCUACCUGCACAAGGUGCUGCUGGGCGGCGAGGGCGGCAGCCUGCAGCUCUGGAACUUCACAUCGGGGGAGAAGCUCUUCACGUUUGCAGGCUGGGGCUCCGCUGUCAAAUGCCUGGUCAGCAGUCCCGCUCUGGACGUGGUGGGAGUUGGGCUGGCAGACGGCCGGGCCGUACUGCACAACAUACGGUACGAUGAGCAGGUGGCCUCCUUUGCAAACGCAGCCGGGGCGGGUCUGGCGGCGGAUGGGCUGCUCGGCGGAGGCGCCGGUACGGCAGCGGCGCGCAGCGGCGGGGCGUGUACGACACUGUCGUUCCGCAGCGGCAGUACGGGUGUGCCGUUGAUGGCGGCGGGUGGCGGCGCGGGGGUGGUGACGGUGUGGCACCUGGAGGGGCGCAGGCUGCACACGGUCAUCCGGGAUGCGCAUGAUGCGCCGCUGCUGAGCCUUCACUUCUUCCCCGGCGAGCCCCUCCUCAUGAGCAGCGCAGCAGACAACAGCAUCAAGCACUGGGUCUUCGACUCCGCAGACGCCAUGCCGCGACUCCUGCGCUUCCGCGCCGGCCACGCAGCUCCCCCAACCACCGUACGGCACUACGGCCAAGGCGGCCUGCGCCUCCUGUCCGCCGGCUGCGACCGCUCCUUCCGCGUGUUUUCCGUGCACCAGGACCAGCAGAGCCGGGAGCUGAGCCAGGGACACACAGCCAGUCGUGCUAAGAAGCUGCGUGUACGGCAGGAGGAGUUGCGGUUGGAGCGGGUGGUUGACAUGGACGCAUGUGAGGUGCGGGAGCGGGACUGGGCGAAUGUGAUUACGGCGCAUGAGGGCGACCCGGCGGCCUACACUUGGCGGCUGGCGCACUUCAGCCUGGGGGAUCACGUGUUGACGCCGCCGCAGGAGGAGCUCCGGGGCGCUUCAGCCGCCCCCGUCACCUCGGUGUCCAUCAGCCGCUGCGGCAACUUUGGGCUAGUGGGCAGCGCCUCGGGCCGCCUGGACCGCUACAACAUGCAGAGCGGGCUGCACCGUGGAGCAUACUACCGCCCUGCUGCGGGGGCUGCUGGUGCGGGGGUUGCUGCUGCGUCCACAAAGGGAUCUGCUGCCGGAAGCGCAGCCUCUGCAGCAUCCGAGCCCCAGCCGGCGCAUGGAGCAGCGGUGGUGGGUUGCGCCUCCGAUGGCGCCAACCGGCUGCUGGUGUCAGUGGGCAUGGACGGCGUGCUACGGGUGUGGGACUUCCGAGCGCAGACGCUGCGUGCUGAGGUGGCGUUGGGGUGUCCCGCGGGUCGGUUGGUGCUGCACCCAGUGAGCGGGCUGGCGGCGGUGGCGCUGGCGGACGCGUCGCUGCGGGUGUACGACAUUGAGGUGCCGCGACUGGUACGGCGCUUCCGGGGACAUAGCGACCGAGUCACCGGCAUGCACCUCUCCUCGGACGGGCGGUGGCUGCUGAGUGCGGCCAUGGACGGCACCAUGCGCGUGUGGGACAUCCCCGCGGCACAGUGCCUGCAGGUCAUGAAGCUGGGAUCCCCGGUGACCUCGCUGUCGCUGUCGCCCUCGCUGGACCUGCUGGCAACCACCCACGUCAACCGGCGGGGGAUAUACCUCUGGUCCAACCAGGCGCUGUUCGGCCUGUCCGCCGCCAUCCCCCACAGCAGCUCCCCCGUUCCCGUGGUGCGGGCCUCGCUGCCCUCCGUGUCGGACGGCCACCGACAGCAGCAGCAGCCGGAGGUGGGCAAGGGCAAGCGGAAGGGCAGGAAUGCCGAGGAGGAGGAGGAGGAGGAGGCAGGCGCGGAGCGCAUGGAUGUGGACGGGGACGCGGAGGACGAGGAUGGGUUCAGCGAGGACGAGGAGGAGGAGGAGGCCCGGCGCCGCGCCGCCUCCGCCGCUGCCUCCGCCUCCACCGAGGAGCCCCCACGGCCCUACGCGGAACUGGACCCCGCGUCCGGCGGCCCGCUGCCGCUGGCACCGGAGCUGGUGACGCUGAGCCUGCUGCCCCGCAGCCACUGGGACAGCCUCACUCACAUCGAGGUCAUCAAGGCCCGAAACAAGCCCAUGCAGCCCCCCAAGAAGCCCGAAGCCGCGCCCUUCUUCCUGCCCACCCUGCCCGGGCUGUCAGCAAACCCCGUCUUCGACGCAGCGGCGGCAGCCAACGGCGACGACGCCGGGCGGAUGGCGACGGAGGCCGGGGAGGAGGCCGAGGAGGCUGCGGAGGCCGGCGCCGGGCCUGGCUCCGCUGCUGACGCUGCAGCGGCGGGGUCGCGUGUCGUACGAUUGCAAGGCGGCAAGCGCGGUGCCGCCGCCGCCGCGAACGGCGACGGCGGCGCUCCCGUUAGCGCCUUUAUACGGCAGUUACGUAAGGCUGCUGCCGCCGCGGCAGCGGCGGCGGCGGGGACAACAAAACCCGACGCUGCCGGCCGCAGCGGCAAUGGCGAUGCUGCUAGCAGCAGCACAAGUGUGUUGGAGUGCUACGGUCCCGUCAUGGCGCUGCUCCGCGCGAUGAGCCCCACCGCGAUUGACCGGGAGCUUCGAGCCAUGCAGGUGCUGGAGGGCAGCAGCAGCGAGGCGACUGACGUGGCAGAUCUGGCGGCCCUGCUUGACAUGCUGGCCGUGUGGCUGGAGGCGCGGCGGGACUUUGAGUUCUGCCAGGCGCUGCUGAGUGUGGUAUUGGGGCAGCAGGGGGAGCUGAUUGCAGCGCGGCCGGAGUUGACGGAGCGGGCGGUGCGGUUGCGGGCGGCGGUGGCGGCGUCUUGGAGGCGGG